UAAAAAUAAUUUGCUAAGAAGAAUUUCAAUCAAAUUAAAAUUAAUCUAAAAGAACAAACAAAACGAUUUCGUAAAGAAAAAGAGAAGUACAGCAUUGUAAAAGUAAAAAUAAUUUGCUAAGAAGAAUUUCAAUCAAAUUAAAAUUAAUCUAAAAGAACAAACAAAACGAAUUCGUAAAGAAAAAGAGAAGUACAGCAUUGUAAAAGUAAAAAUAAUUUGCUAAGAAGAAUUUCAAUCAAAUUAAAAUUAAUCUAAAAGAACAAACAAAACGAUUUCGUAAAGAAAAAGAGAAGUACAGCAUUUUAAAAGUAAAAAUAAUUUUCUAAGAAGAAUUCGAAUCAAAUCUAUAAUUAGAAUUAAUAUAAAAAUAAGUAUAUUCUUACAUAUUGUUAAUACUAAGAUGGACUUAAACGAAAUAACGACUUUAACUGUCAACGGACUGAAAGAGAAGUUGAGGGAAUUGGGUAUUUCGACUACAGGUCAAAAACGUGAUCUUCAGGAAAGACUUAUCCAACACUACGACUUAUCGGGAAAUAGGGCUAGUGACGAAGAGUUCAACCAGUCAGUUUACGAAGACGUAGGUGGAACCACCAACUUACGGUCCUCACCGCUUAUCGUGCAACAACAACAGUUUACUCUAAAAGAUUUAGGAGAUUGUGUUAACGUUUUUUCAGGAGAAGGGUCUGUAGAUAUUCGAGGGUGGGUAAGCGAAUUUGAAAAUAAUGCAGAAAUAGUAAAAUGGAAUGAUCUUCAGAGAUUUGUUUAUGGCAAACAGCUUCUUCGUGGUGCCGCUAAGCUUUUUGUUAGGAGUCAGAAUAAUUUAAAUAGUUGGGAAGCUCUGAAGUUAUCAUUAAUUAAUGAGUUUGGUCGCAAACUAUCUUCUGCAGAUGUGCAUAGGUUGUUGAAAAAUCGCCGCAAACAAGCAAACGAAACUUUUCGGGAAUACUUGUAUCAUCUCAUGGAGGUAGGCAAACAGAUUAGUCUAGACUAAGAAAGCAUUAUAGAUUAUUUCAUAGAAGGGGUUCCAGAUACCAAGUUCAAUAAGGCAAUUUUGUAUCAAGCUAAAAAUAUAGAACUAAAAGAACAAAUCAAAAUUUACGAAAAGAUACGGAAAUAGUUACAACUCAGGGAUAGGAAAAAUAGUAAAUGAUACAUCCUCUAACAAGACAAAAGAAGAACUAGGUAAAAGAUGUUUCAAGUGCGGAGACAAAUUCCACGUAGCAGCUCAAUGUCCACAAAAACAAUAUAAAUGCUUUAAAUGUAAUGAGAUGGGACAUCGUUCGUUUGAGUGCAAAAAUAAUAAAGUCAAGGGAGCUAGAGAAGUUAAAAUCGAAUCAAGUAGCAUAAACACUUUAGGAAAUACAAGUUUUCAACCAGUCGUUGAUGAAGAAUUACAUUUCAAAACAGUUAAUUUAACCCUCUCAUGCCCGAUGUUGCGUAUAUGCAACAUUGGAUUUAUGAGCUUCUAACUACCGUUAUUUUAAAUUUUUUGUUUUGAACCUUUCGGAGAAAUAUAGCUGCACGUGUUGAGUGAGCUUACAGCUAAUUGUUCGGUGGUCAGCUGCACACGCGUUCAGUUAGUAGCUCUUUUCCCGAGAGCGUAGUUGACAAAUUCAUUGUGCAAAAAAACGUGGUUUUAAAAAAGUGAUAAAACACAUUAAAAUAAUUACUUCAUCCUAAAAACGAGUUCAACAACUAAAUAAAGAAAGGUAAGUGACUAUUUAAAAAAAAAAACCGCAUGAAAAUAUUAUUUAGUUUGUCUGUAAUAAUUUUGUAAAUGUCGUGUUGCGUAUAUGCAACAUUGGUCUAUUGUGGUAAUUUUCGAAAAAUAAAACUUUUUUUGUAUGCACAUUCUAAGAUGCGCCCAAAAGGUCUGACUCAAGCUGAGAUUGAAAAAUUUGCCAACUUUGAUUGGGAUGAUUCGGCUGACGAGGAAAAUGAAGAAGAAGAAGAUCGAAAUAUGGAGGAAAUUAUAGAAGAAACUUUGAAAAAUUUGGAUAACAGAGCUGAAAAUGUGGAAGUUGGUUUGAUUGACCAAUUUAUUAGAAGCGAAAAUGAUGGAGAUUUGAAUGAAAAUGAAAACGUUGUACAGGAGGUGAUGGAAAAAAUUGAUUUGAAGAGUUUGAAGUGGAGAAGUGCAGAGAUUAUGGAAAGCGAGACCACUUGGAAAAGUGAAUUAUGCAGCAAUGAGGUAAAAACUCCCAUAGAAUAUUUUAGUACUUUCUUUACGGAUGAACUGUGGCAGAAAAUAUGCGAGGAAACGAAUUUAUAUGCGAUACAAACGAAGGGCAUAGAAUUGAAAUGUACUGUGCCUGAAAUGAAAAGGUUUGUUGGCAUACUUCUUUAUCUUGCAGUUGUGAAAAUACCAACUUAUAGAAUGGCGUGGGCGGCCAAUUUCAAACUAGCGGCCGUUGAAAAUGCAUUACCGAGAAACAGAUUCGAAAAAAUUAAACAGUUUUUCCAUUUGAACGAUAAUUCUAAACAGCCUCAGAGGGGAACACCUGAAUAUGACAAGUUGUACAAGGUUCGGCCUCUGUUGGACGCCAUAAAAAAAGAAUUCAAUGAAAUUUCGCAGGAAGAAUUCCAAAGUAUAGAUGAGCAAAUGAUUGCAUAUAAAGGUCAACAUAAUUUGAAACAAUAUCUUCCAAUGAAGCCCCACAAGUGGGGUUUCAAAAUGUUUACGAGAGCUGGUGUAUCUGGAAUUAUAUAUGAUUUUACUCUGUACAUUGGAGAAGGAACGUGCAAGACUUAUGGCUUGGGUAUUUCAUCAGAUAUCGUGCUAUUUUUAUCAUCCAAUUUGCCAGUAAACCAAAAUUUCAAACUGUUUUUUGACAAUUGGUUUUCGUCAAUAAGCUUGAUGAUUGCUCUGAAAGAAAAAGGCAUAUUGGCCGUUGGUACAAUAAGAAGCAACCGAUUGAAAAAUUGUGCUCUAAUCAGUGAGAAAGACCUUCAAAAACGAGGACGAGGAUCAAGCGAUUUCAAAUAUGAAGCAACGCACAACUUGAUUGCUUGCAGACCCAGCAAAUUCAAUACGACUUGAUGGUUAUAAUCAUUGGCCGGAAUGGGGAACAAGAGGAAGAUGUAGAGUAUGCAGCACUGGGUUUCCAAGCUGUAAAUGCAGCAAAUGUAAUGUGCAUUUGUGUUCCAAUCCCCAAAAAAAUUGUUUCGUGUCCUAUCAUACAUAAAUAUAAAUAAACGGCAUUUGAAAAAAAAUCAACUUGACUUUAAAUAUAUAACCUCAUUGCCCAAUGUUGCAUAUACGCAACAUCCUGUAGCUCUUGAACCAGGACAGCUAGGACAUUGAAAUUUUUGUCAGUUGAUAUUGCGGUCAACUCUAGCUUAUAUGUCUACUCAAAAAAAUUUUAGCCACGCCCAUUUUAAUUCGGGCAUGAGAGGGUUAAAUGGGUUUAGGUUCGAAGCUCUAAUUGAUUCAGGGUGUUCACU